AGUGAGAGUUUUUGGGGGAACAGUGCAGGAACAAGAUGGCUGGCUUGGGACGAGAAAAGUAUCUUUCUUCUUCCACUUAACACUUAACUUUUUGACGCGCUCGUUAAUUUCAUGUAAAUACUAUAACGUCUAACAACUUUAACCGCUUUAAAGGCAUCGUAUAACAGCAACGGAAAUCGUUUAUCGAGACGCAUUACAAGCUUGAUGUUAUCUUAAGGAAUGUUUUUUGACGGUUUGGUGAGGGUGAAACUAACUACUAACGUUGGUUUUAAAGACCAGGAUAGCGUUAAUUAAAUAUAUCUAUUGUGACUUUUACAUAUUGUAUAACGUUUUAUGUAUGUAGGUUGUUUAGUUAGUUAACUUAGCUAACUUUUCUAAUCUGUCUGUUUUUGGUUUAUAGGCGUUUAACGGUUGAGUAUCUCCAAAGCGAAAAUGCUUGAAAGGCUUCAGUCGUUAUAAACGGUUACCACAGAUUUUUGGAAAACACUGAACUUUCCAGAUGCCCCACACCAGAUAAAAAUAAUACCUAACUGGACCAUGAGUUCAUCCCGAGUCAGACCUCAGCAGCUACCGCAGAGCCAGACUGGCAGGUUGCCGCAUAGACUCGACUCCAGCGAGGGGAUAGAGAUGGAGAACAUCCAGCAUCAAGACCUGGGUCUCGGAGGAGUCAUAGGCACCCCGUCCCCUCCAUCGAGACAAGCAUGGAGCAGAGAUAACCCGGGUUUUGAGCCAGAGGAUGAGAUUAUGGAAGCCGACUGGCCCCCAGCGAGUCCAGGAAGGAGGUCGGUGUCCACGGCCUCCAGCAGCAGCUGCAGCAGCGGUCUGGGCAGCUACAACGGCGGGGGCAGCGGCACCCACAUCCCCCGAGGAGGACUGUACCCGACCCCUACUGUGGAUGCCCAGCAGCAGGAAAGGCAUGAGCACCCCAGCUGUAUGAAGCAGAUACUCCACAAAAUCAGAAUUCUGUGGGGCACAGAGUUGAUGGAGGACAGUGACAGCAGUCGAGAAAGAUAUCUCAGGAACAUACUGAGGGAGAUGCUCACAUAUAUCGCAUUCCUCAUCACUAUUUGUAUCUUGACUUAUGGGAUGGUGAGUGCCAAUAUGUACUACUAUACCAAAGUCAUGUCUCAGCUUUUCCUGGACACACCACUGUCUUCUGGAGACCCUUCCACUUUUAGGCACCUCUCAACAAUGGAGGAUUUCUGGAAGUUCACAGAGGGGCCUUUCCUUAAUGGCAUGUACUGGGAAGUAUGGUACAACAACAAGAGCCUGCCAGAGAAUCAGAGUCUCAUCUACUACGAGAACCUCCUCCUUGGUGUGCCACGCCUUCGACAGCUCAAAGUCCGCAAUGAGUCCUGCUCCAUUCAUGAAGAUCUGAGAGAUGAGGUUCAGGACUGCUACAACAUGUACACCCCAACCAACGAGGACACUACCUCCUUUGGCCUCAAGAAUGGAACUGCGUGGGUCUAUACAACAGAGAGUGAGAUGAAUGGCAGCAGUUAUUCAGGUCAGGUAUCUAAAUAUGGAGGUGGAGGAUACUACCAAGAUCUGUCACGUACGAAACAGGAGUCAGCAAUCCAACUACAGUUUCUCAAAGACCACCUGUGGCUGGACAGGGGCACCAGAGCAGUCUUUCUGGACUUCUCCGUCUAUAAUGGAAACAUCAACCUCUUCUGCAUUGCUAGGUUGUUAGCAGAGUUCCCUGCUACUGGUGGCGUGGUGACCUCCUGGCAGUUCCAAACAGUGCGCCUGAUGCGAUAUGUGUCCAGCUGGGACUACUUUGUGGGUGUGUGUGAGGUGGCAUUCUGCCUAUUCAUUCUGUACUACGUAGUGGAGGAGGUGCUAGAGAUCCGCAUCCACCGCCUGCAUUACUUCAGGAGCCUGUGGAACUGUCUGGAUGUUCUCAUUUUGGUGUUGAGUGUUGUUGCUAUCAUCAUGAACAUAACCAGAACAGCCAUGGUUAGCAAUCUUCUCAAAGGCCUGUUGGAGAAUCACACUGCUCACCCCAGCUUUGAGCCGUUGGGCAACCUGCAGGUCCAGUUCAACAAUGUGGCUGCUGUCAUCGUCUUUUUCUCCUGGGUCAAGCUUUUUAAGUUUAUCAACAUCAAUAAGACCAUGAGUCAGCUGUCUAGCACUAUGUCGCGCUGUGCCAAGGACCUUGUGGGUUUUGCCAUCAUGUUCUUCAUCAUCUUCCUGGCGUAUGCUCAGCUGGCGUACUUGGUGUUUGGAACCCAAGUCAACGAUUUCAGCACUUUCCAAGCCAGCAUUUUUACCCAGUUCCGAAUCAUUCUGGGAGACUUUGAGUUCUCCCAGAUCGAGGACGCGAACCCAGUGCUUGGACCUAUCUACUUCACCACCUUUGUCUUCUUUAUUUUCUUCAUUCUCAUGAACAUGUUCCUGGCCAUCAUCAAUGACACAUACUCUGAGGUGAAAGCUGACAUGUCCCAGCAGAGGUCUGAGAUGGAGAUGACUGACCUCAUUAAGAAGGGUUGUAACAAAGCUUUGAUGAAGUUGAGACUAAAGAAGACGAUGGUAGACGACAUCUCCGACAGUUUGCGUCAGGCUGGGGGCAAACUGAAUUUUGAUGAACUCCGUCAGGAUCUUAAAGGAAAGGGCCACACAGAUGCAGAGAUUCAGGCCAUCUUUGCUAAGUAUGAUCACGACGGUGACCAGGAGCUGACGGAGCAUGAACACCAGCAGAUGAGAGAUGAUCUGGAGAAAGAGAGAGAGGACUUGGAUCUGGAACGCAAUUCGCUGACUAGACCCAGCAGUGGGCGGAGCUUCCCUCGGACCCAGGACGACUCGGAGGAGGAUGAUGACGAGGACAGCGGCCACAGCUCUCGUCGCCGUGGCAGCAGCUCGGGUGGUGUCUCCUAUGAGGAGUUUCAAGUGCUUGUGAGACGUGUGGACCGGAUGGAGCACUCUAUCGGCAGCAUAGUGUCCAAGAUAGACGCUGUGAUUGUGAAGCUGGAAACCAUGGAGAGAGUUAAACUUAAAAGGAGAGAUGUGGUGGGCAGGCUGCUGGACGCCAUAGAGGAUGAGCAGACAGAGAGGCUGGUGAGGGAGGAACUGGAGCUCUGCGAGUCCGAUGAUAUGGUCUCUCAGGUCAGCCACCCACAGCCGGCCACUCCUGUGGGCCCUCGCCCUCGACCGUCCUCUUCUCUGUCCACUGACGGCCUCGAUACAAGCACAAAUGGGAGCGGCCACGUGUGAAGUGUUGGCUCGCUGAAGAAUAUUCCACUUUAGCAAGAAACUCUAUUGGAAAUUCCCCUCAGCGGUACAAAUAACUUCAGAUGUGGGACAGUUUUUUGCAGAACAAAAUUAUUAUGGAAACUGUUCAAAUUCCUUGACAUAUUACAAAGCAGGUGACAGUCAAACUUACCUCACCUCAGAUAUUUUAAUGCACUGAAAGUGAGUGAGGUUCUCCUGAGAGACAUCUAAAAGUAUUCUUUUCUCUGUCUCAAGCUAUUAUCUAGUAUUACUUUAACAGAAUGAUGAAAGGAAAUAAAAAAAAAAAUGUGUGAAAGAGACUGAAGAAUAAUGAAGGAUUUACA